AUGGCUGCUCCUUCGGAUACUGUUCCUUUCUCUGUUCAUGGCAAGACUGCGCUGCUUACGGGUGCUGGGUCUGGCAUCAGCUUCUGCUUCGCCCGCCUCCUGCUCUCCAAAGGGUGCAACGUCCUCAUAGCCGACAUCGCCCUCCGCCCCGAAGCCCAAACCCUCGUGGACGACCACUCUUCAAACGACAACUCCAAACCCCGCGCCAUCUUCGUCAAAACCGACGUAACAAUCUGGUCGCAACUCGAAAACGCCUUCAACGAAGCCGACACCCACUUCGGCGGAUUCGACAUCCUAUGCCCAGGCGCAGGCGUCUUCGAACCACACUUCUCAAACUUCUGGGUCCCCCCUGGAAAACCCAAAGCCAGAGACCCCAUCGCCGGCACUCAAGAAGAAGGGAUCGGCCACUACUUCACCCUCGACCUCAAUAUCACACACCCCAUCCGCGCCACGCAACUCGCCAUCUCCCGCUUCCUCAACCCCAUCCCGGGCAGCAAAGCCGGCAAAGCCUCCGCCUCGAACCCCAAACGCAUCGUCCACAUCAGCAGCAUCGCCGGCCAAACCCCCGGCUUCGCCACGCCGCUCUAUAUCGCCUCCAAACACGCCAUCUCGGGCUUCAUCCGCUCGCUGGCGCAGCUCGACCAGACCCUCAGCAUCCGCGUCAACGGCGUCGCGCCGGGCAUCAUCAAAACCCCCCUGUGGACGGAGCAUCCGGAGAAGUUGCAGAUGUUGAAUUCGGAGCAGGACGAGUGGGUCGAGCCCGAGGAGGUCGCGGAGGCGUUGUUGAGGUGUGUGGAGGAUGAGAGUGUGGGCGGCGGGUAUGUGAUGGAGGUGUUGAAGGGGCGGACGCGGAAUGUCGAUUGGAGGAUGGAUCCCGGGCCGCAGGGGCCUGGGGGCACAGCGAGCGAGAGGACGGCGAUGGCGACCGAGGUGUUUGGGUGGUUGGGGGAGCCGGGGUGGGGGCAGACGAAGUAA